AUGGCUUCACAAGAAGCACACAAGACCUGUAAGGUCAUAUUAGCAGAGACCAUCGCCAAGGGUCUCCUUACUGAAGUCAAAGAUACUUUGAAAUCCAUUCAAAAAGCAACUGAAGGCCAGCCUACAUUGGUUGCCUUUUUGGCCAAUGAUGACCCUGCAGCUAUCAAGUAUGCUGAAUGGUCAAAGAAGACCUGCGAAGAAAAUGGCUUCACCUUCGACUUGCGCCAAGUUGACAAGGAUAAUUUGGAAGAGGAAAUUGUAAACGCCAAUGAAGACAACAAAGUCGAUGGCAUCAUCGUUUACUAUCCCAUCUUCCCUGGCAACCCAGCCCACGACCGAUAUGUCCAGGAGACAGUCUCGCUCGCCAAGGACGUAGAGGGGUUGUGCCACAAACACAUAUAUAACAUGUAUCACAACGUCAGGUUUUUAGACCCCCCGCAAAACCUGAAGAAAUCUAUUCUCCCUUGCACUCCGCUGGCCGUGGUCAAGAUCCUAGAGUACCUCCAGAUCUACAACUCCAUCCUGCGCCCCGGAAACCGGCUCUUCGGACGGACCAUCACAGUUAUCAACCGCUCCGAGGUCAACGGCAGGCCAUUGGCAGCUCUACUCGCCAACGACGGCGCCACGGUGUACUCUGUCGAUUUAACCGGAGUCCAGCUCUUCACUCGUGGCCAGGGUAUCAAGCAGCCCCGCCACCAAGUCCAAGACAAGGAGGGCUGGGCCCUCGAGCAAUGCAUCCCCAUAAGCGACGUUAUCAUCGGGGGUGUUCCCUCAGAAAAGUACAAGGUGCCGACAGAGCUCAUCCGCGAUGGAACGGUCUGCAUCAACUUCUCUUCGUUCCGUAACUUUGACGGCCCCGCCAUAAAGGAGAAGGCGUCCAUAUACGUACCCUCGGUUGGAAAAGUCACCAUCGCCGUGCUGCUCAGGAAUCUGGUGCGCUUAAUCGCCAACCGUCCUUCCACCAACCAGGACGGAUCCACCGAUGAAAAUGCUCAAAAAGCCAAGAACGAAGCAUUUGUAGACGGCUGA